UUGCUUUCUUGCCACCGAGAUAAAAUGAAGAAAGCAGCUUUUGUUAAACGAAUGAGAAUGAUAUAAGUUUCUGAUGACCGGAGGAAGACGUGUUCCAAAGUCUUGCAGCAUCCAAGUUUUCGAAUGAUUUAUGCACACACAAUGGUCGAAUGAGACGAGAUUGAUUGUGGUUACUAUGAGAAAAAGGAACCAUGUCCUCUUUGAAGCCUUUAUAGAAACUGGAAGCCAACAAGACUCUGGAUACACUCCUCCCAACUGCAAGUCAAAAAAGGUUAUACAUCUGCAUUCAGGAUAUGAUGGACGAUCAUCACAGUUUUACUCAUGUUUUAGCAGGAGUUGUCAUCAUGUAACAACUGCUAUAACAUGAGUGUACAGUAGUAAAGGUCCAUAUGUUGGAAUGUACUAAUGCUCUUAAAUGCCAAAUAUUACCAAAAAAAAAAAAAAACUAUAAAAUAAAAAUCUGAUAAUUUUUUUUUCCAGAAAAGAUAACAACAACGAAAAAUCAACCAAAGAUGACAAAUGAAGAAACAGUUUUCCUACGAUGUUACGUAAUUUCAAUACUCUGCAUGCGAAAUGCAUGCAGAUCUGGUGUCAUUACCAAUAUGACAUUGCAAGAAUUCAAACUAGCCGAACUAAUUGAAGGCAAAUGGUGUGUGACGGCACCAAAUCAGGAAGUAGAAGAUGAAGUAGAUGAGGAAGAUGAUGUAGACGAGGAAGAUGAUGUAGAUGAGGAAGGUGAAGAAGAAGCACAAGAAAAUUUCAUCUCAUUACCGAACUGCAGACGACCAAGAACCAACUACACCGAUAUGGACUUGGGCCUUCUUAAAACAUUGUUUGAAGGCCUAAUGAAGGAGAAGAUAACAAAGGCCAAGGUAAUGGAAAUCUACAAUCAAAACGUAUCAAUACACCAUUUGUCAUGGAUAAAAUCCGAAAUAUCCAGACACAAAAUAAAUAGAAUGCAUAGUUUGGUUAGGAUAGGGGUAUGCGGGUCAUUAGGACCUUAGUGGAGUGACGUCCCUACCCCAGAAUGUAUAGUUCGGUUAGGAUAGGGGUAUGCGGGUCAUUAGGAUCUUAGCGGAGUGACGUCCCUACCCCAGAAUGCCUAGUUCGGUUAGGAUAGGGGUAUGCGGGUCAUUAGGACCUUAGCGGAGUGACGUCCCUACCCCAGAAUGCAUAGUUCGGUUAGGGUAAUUUGGAUUUUUUAAAAUAAAUAAAUUAAAAAAAAUGAUGAAUGAAACACUUAUUUGAAGUAUUAAUUCAUAUAUAUACUUCUCUUAUGUGUGUAAAAGUUGUGUUAUUUAUUAGCAUGCUGUUCAACAGUUGAUUCAUUUAUUAGCCCUUUCGUUUAUCUUUAUUUUCUUUGUUGUUACCGCCCUUUAUAAUCCGGUCUAAUUAUACAUAUCAUUUACAAUUUAUCUUAGUCACUGCUAUAUUGUUUAUCCCCUAUUGCUAGUUUGUAAAGCUUUUUUAAUCAU